AUGCACAGAUAUGAAGACUCCAAAAAAAGGCUAUCAUUGAAGUUUCACAAGCAAUCAUUAAAUCGACCAGCUGCUUGACGCCACUCCGGUAUUGAGAAUUCCUUAUGGAAGAGCUCUUCCAUGUCCUUAAUGGCGUUAUCCCAACUGGGCAGAUUAUCGCAACUAGGGAUGUUGAGGAAUUCGUGGAAGACACGUUCGAGGAGUGGACGAACUGGAAGCCGCCUUUUCAUCGUGCACUGCACCUUGAACACUUCACCUUCUUUCCUAACUUCAGCAUACUUAUUGAAUAUUAGCACGUACAAAGUUCCAACGAAGCCAAAGUAGUCAGUUUGGUAUGUCCACGGGCGACCAUCCAGCAUUUCAGAGCAGUCGAAUUUGUCAGUGCCCGCCCUUCCACUGAAGGUUUGACCUCGCAGUGCUUCCAUGUCGAUCGCACGUCCCCAAUCAAUGAGCUUCAGAAUUGGAGUGGACAAAAUACGGCUCUUAUCGACGCAGCUAUCAUCCAAUUUGUUGAGGAUCAUAAAAUUGUCAGGCUUCACAUCUCCAUGAAUAAUUCUAGUGCCAUGGACGUCACGAAGUAUUUUAGCCAUUUGUAUAGCGAUCAAUAGUAUUAUAUACCAGCUCGGGUCUUUCAACUUGUUCGAAAGAUCUAGAAGGGUGCCCAACGGAUGGUAUUCAUUGAAAAGAACCGAUGCAUUAGUGAAAACAUAGGCAUCAGUGACCUGCAUUACGCUAUCCAAGGUGAACUGUUUGUUAUGACCAAGACGUAAUUUCACUUCAGAACAUAUAUAAAUUUCCCAAGGGCAGGAAGGAACUUCGUACUUCAACGCCAGCAUUUUUCCUGUUUCGUCUACUGCUUUGUAUACCUUUGCAAAUCCUCCCUGACCGAUCAACGUCUCAAUAUAAAAUGCCUCUCCACCAAAAUUCAUGGUUUUUCCAGCAGAAAUACGUAAACAGGGUGUAAGAACUAUCAUUACAUAUUCAGCUCAAAACCCACAUCGAAAUUGUGCUGAUAGCAUGGAGUGCGAGAGCGCCUAAGUAUUUCCAUACGAAGGUUUCUAUCCCACGGAUUGAUUUCACUUGUGACAGCUUCCCUAAAAGAUAAAAACUGUAAAGCUGUCAUUGUUACAUUGAUUGCGCCAAAAUAAGCAAACUACAUACAUUUUCAUCUUGAGUCCGAGCGUACGGAUGCUGAGACUCAUCUUUGUCAAUGAAAACCUCGAAAGCUUCAAUAGCUGGAGCAGUAACAGGCAGAGUGGUCUCAUCAGUUAUACCGGGUAAGCCCUCAGCUUUGUUGAUGUCUACAGUAUCGGAAAGCAUUGCCUUCAUGUCAUUGUAGGCUUUCUCAGUGAAUGAAGAGCCGAUAACAAAAGUAGAUGAGGCAGGGGUUCGAGUAGAUGACUUGAGAUGCUGCGACGACGACUUUUGCUGUUUCUCUAAAACACUGCCGCGAACCGGCGCAGCGGGUGAAAACAUUCGGCGCCGCUUAUCCUCGUUUGAAAAGUCUGACUCAACCUCCUCAACGGUCUCGAGAACUCGAUUACGUUUACCAAGCUCCUUCACGUCAGACGCAUGCACGAGUUGAUGUGAGGAAGCAGGCGCCUCUUGCUGAAGAAAAGUAGAUGCUAUUAUAUUUACAAACAGGGCAAAGGAUUUCAUUACAAUCACAAUGAAACUUUUGUUACUCAUGGAACUCACGGCGUAACUCAUUGUAAUAUCCAUUGGCACCACAAGAAGAUCAUCGUCCUUUUCCAGUUGUUGAUCAGCAAUCAUCGCCGCCCUCAAUUCUUCUAUAGAUGGUGCGAGAUAGCCAUCAUAGUGGCGGUCCACAAGCUCAAUUCUCAGCUUCGUACGAGUCUUUGGUCCAAAGUUUGCAACUGCAAGACCGUCGACUGUUUUAAGGUUAUCCUUAGCGCGAGCUUCGAAAGCCGCAAGGGAUGAUCGACGUCGAUUUCUUUUCGCUUUAGGAUCGGCCACUUUCUGAACAUUGAACACAGCCAUUGUUUCUUCGUCGUCGUUAAAGAGGUUACUGUUAGGGAAAUACUGGUCGGCGAAGUCCCUGAAUCCCGCUUCCAGCUCAAGUUGAGAGAGACCAGGAAGCCGGCUCUUAGCCAGGCUCAGCACAUGCGUGAACUGGUCCAGGUUACCGCUUUGUGCAUAAGUUUCUGCCCACAAAAGGUGAAAUUUGAGCGAACGGCUAAAACGGCCUUGUUCUUCGACUUUUUCGAAGACCUUCGACGCUCCCAUCCUUCUGCUGUGCUUCGCCAUUAUCCGAUAUAG